AUUUUACAUGAAAACCAGCCUUGAUGUAAUAGCUGUCAUACCCGUUUCAUCCUUAUUGGCGAGCAAUUCAAGCCACCAAGUACUGUAGGAGUAACAAUGAUCGACUUGACGCUAUCGAGUGAAGACGAAACACCGCGCAAGCGCCUUCGUGCUGCACCACAGGCUCAACCGCUUGCUGUUGUCAACCUCAAUCAACCUGCGGAUGCCCAGGUAAAACAAGCGACUGCAAAAGCGGCUCCUGCCGCUAGAGCCUACCGAGCAGAGAACGGUGCUGGCGCCUCCACCCAGGUGCCCACCACUCAGCCACAGCAACAGCAGCCACGCAACGCAGCUCCCGCUUCGAACCUCCACGUCUUUAGCGAUAACGACGACGGCAACGAAGAUUGCGGUUACGAUAAAGCCCUGCCCGGUCUAGGAACAACCGGCGCCGGUGCUGAUGAGGACUGGGGCGCCGCUGUAGGGCGCCAUGACGAUGAUCGCGCCGGCCAUUUAGGCGGGCUACGAGACUUAGAUGUCGGGAACGCAGCUCCCCGCAGCGCGUCACGGCGGCGCGACGGCUACGGCAGCGGUGGCGGAGGUGGCGGCUAUGAUGACGACGACCCCGACUGGAACGGCGAGGACUCGGACGAGGAAGAUGGAGGCAGGGGCGGGCGCAAGCGCAGCGGGGCCUCGGGGCGGAAGAAGCAGGUGCCUGCCUCGCAGCAGGCGGUAGCAGCAGCGGCGGGUAGAGGUGCGGGCGGCAGCAGUCCAGGCGGCAGCGAAGAUACGGAUGCGGACGCAGAGGCGGAGGCAGAACCCAAGAAGAGGCGCGGGGGCGGCGGCAAGCGGCUGACGGCGGAGGAGCGGGAGGAGCGGGAGCGCGCCAAGCAGCAGAAGGCGGCGGAGCGGGUGCGGGCACGGGAGGAGAAGGCGGCGCAGAAGGCGGCGGAGAAGGAGCGCAAGGCGGCGGAGAAGG